AUGCAGUUCUCCACCAUCCUCCUUUCGGCCAUUGCCUUCUUCGCCGGCGCUGAGGCCUGCAAGUGCUUGAACUCCGGCGGCGGCUUCAACAAGGGCGCCUCCGAGGCCUGCUGCCACCAGCAGAACGGCAGCUGGCGCAACGGCAACGACUGCGCCGCCCAGCUCCAUCUCCGAGCACUUGUCCAACUUCCGCAGCUGCUGCAAGAACAGUGGCGCGCAGACCUCCGACUGCGACUACCCCCGCCUGGCUGCUGCUGA